AUGGCGGGUGGCGGUUUCGUCGAUUCCAAUGGCGAUGACAAAGAUUAUCCGGGGAAGCUUACCAUGUUCGUCUUCUUCACGUGCGUGGUCGCCGCCACCGGAGGCCUAAUCUUUGGCUAUGACAUUGGGAUUUCAGGAGGGGUGACGGCGAUGGAUACUUUCCUAUUGAGGUUCUUCCCGACGGUUUACCACCAGGAAAAGGCGGACCAUAGCACCAAUCAGUACUGCAAGUUUGACUCGCAACUUUUGACGACGUUCACGUCGUCACUAUACCUGACGGUAUUGAUCGCGUCCUUCUUUGCUUCGACGGUGACGCAUGUGCUCGGCCGCAAGUGGUCGAUGUUAGGCAGCGGCAUCACUUUUCUCGUCGGCGUGGCCCUUAAUGGAUUUGCUAAAGACCUUGCGAUGCUCAUAGCCGGCCGCAUCCUCCAUGGCAAUGGUGUCGGUUUUGCUAAUCAGGUGAACAUCAUCGUUAAAUUAGUUUUCCGCAACCGCUUCUGCAUUUGA